GUGGAAGUCUUGGUUAUUUAAAUGACGCAAUAAGAUAACACUACGAAACAGUUGUAUACACAUUUGAUCAUUUGUUUGUGUGUUGAGAUAUAUGUCUUCAUUUAUACCCUGUGGACCCUGUAGACACGAUGGGAACACACACAAUGCAGGAAAAUGGUGUAUGGAUUGCAAUGAAGGGUUUUGUAAUGCUUGUGAGAAGGCACAUACGUCACUGAGAAUAACAAAAGACCACAAUUUGAUCCUAAUCGAUGACUACCGAAAAUUUGAAAAUAUGAAUGUGUCUACUCAGUGCGAGGAGCACGGAUCCAAACUGGAAUUGUAUUGCAAAGCGCACGAACAGGCUAUUUGUAUUGCAUGCCUUUCAACAAAACAUACAAAUUGCUCCGACUCCAUAAUUCCUGUUGCAGAAGCAGCUAAAAAUGCGAAGACAUCAACUGCUCUGUCGGACUUGGAACAUACAAUUAACGAUACAUUAGUUAACAUACGAACAUGUCUUAAUGAACGCGAGGCUGCAUCCGAAAGCAUCGAAAUACAGGAAAAGAUAAUCAAGAAGCGUAUUUUUGAUACAAGGGAAACUAUAAAUAGGCAUUUAGAUGAUCUGGAAAGAAAAUUAUUGAACGAGUUGACAACAGCACAUAUUUCCUGUAAAUCAAAAUAUGGGACAAUACAGAAACAACUGAAUAAAAUGGAAAAAGAAAUUAAACGUCUCCAGGAACAAACAUCCCAACUAAAACGUUUUGCUUCCGACAUACAUAUAUUUCUAGGUACACAUCAGAUGAAUAAAGAGAUACAUGACGAGGUAAAGUCCAUAACGAAAGCCUUAGCUUCAGUUAGAAAUUACAACAUAGAAAUAGAGAUACAUCAGGGUAUUACUUCACUGCAGAAAGAUGUUGAUUACUUUGCUAAAGUAAAAGUCGACGAAAGUACCAUCAACUGUCCAUUUAAGGAUUCAAAAAUCGUUCAAGCCCAAAUACAAGUACCAACUAGUAGAUCUGUUGAUAAUACAAAGCUUAAGCUGCAAACGAAGUUCAAAAUUGAACAGAAAGGAAGGGAAAUGUACAUAACAGGAUGUGCAAUAUUGGCAAAUGGCAACUUAUUGUUUGCCGACAACGCUGGGAAGAAUGUAAUAAUGGAGUAUAAUGGAGACGGAAUUUUAAUCCGUGAUAUACCCGUAUCAGCAAAGCCAUGGGAUAUGACAGUAAUAGAUACCGACAAAAUAGCUGUUUCUUAUAACACUCUAAAGUACAUAGAGAUUAAAGAUUUAAAGAAAAUGGCCGUUCUACAAAAAGUGAAAUUUAAAAAAAACUGUCGGGGGAUAUCAUACAGUGAUGGAAAAAUUUAUGUUGUAGUGUAUGAUGCAGGAGUCGCGGUGUUGGAUAUGGAAGGAACUGUACUUAAUAAAAUUAAGUGUGCCAUGUCUGUCUAUAAUAUCACGACGAUCAAAGAAAGAAUCUACUACACAGUGCCCGAUUCAAAUACUGUUAAAUGUUGUUCUACAGCUGGAAACAGUAUAUGGAAUUUUAUUGAUGAAUCACUUACUGCACCGGGCAGCAUUGUCACCGACAGUACCUCAAAUGUGUUUGUUGUGGGUAUAGAAUCUAGUAACAUUAUGAUAUUGCAAGAUGAUGGAAAAGUCAGCAAAACAUUACCUACCGAAGCAGACGGACUAGACAAACCCACACGUCUAUAUUACGAACAUAUUACUGGUGUGCAACAAAUGCGAUGGAACUGCUUUUUUAUACAAUGUAAUGUUUGA